AUGGGAAACGGCGGCGACGAUCGCGACACAGGGCGAGCAGUGCGCGAGGGCAACACCCCCACCCAGCAGCUUCGCCCCAACUCAGCAGAAGGCUCCGAAAGGGAGGAAGGAAGCCGUGCCGGAGUCGAGAGGAAGCCGCGCCGGAUGGGGGUUGGAGCGCCGCCGGGGGUGGAGGAGGCUGCACCACCGUGGAUGCUGGAGGGCACGCCGCCGGGGGUGGUGAAGCGCGUGGUGAGGGACGGCUCUGGGGAGGGCGGAGCGCGUCGGCGGCGCGGUGCAGGGCUAGCUCACCUCGCGCUCACGCGCUCGUUGAUGGCCGGGGUGGCUGCGGUGGUGGCCUGUUGGGCUUGCUCGUCCGUGCCUGCGAUGGCGACCCGUUGGGCUUGCUCGUCCGCGCCCACGGCGGUCAGGGGUGGCUAUGAGUCCGCGUUCCUAGUGGGGCUCACGGCUCCCACGCAGUCGCUCAUGGUGGCCAUGCCUAUUGCUAGCAACUACCCCUGCUAG